GGGUCCUACCUCAACAAACUCUGACGCCCUCGUUAGUGGAUCAGGUGCCUGGAAGUCCACCUGUACGUUGCGUAGCAGGCAUGUAGCACGCUUUUAUCCAGAGCGACUUAUCCAGUACACAGCUGGAUGUAUACUGAAGCAGUGCAGGUUAAGUACCUUGCUCAAGGGUACAACGGCAGUGUGCCACCCAGGGUCGAACCUUUAGGUUACAAGACCAGUUCCUUAUCCGUUAUACUGCAGUGCCGCCCACGUGAAAUGUCGUCCUCCAGCUCACAUGCGCAAGAGCCUGACUUGUGAACAGUGUCAGGACAUGAAGCCACAACGGACCUCACAUGUUUUAGGAGUACAGCAUGUGCAACAACAAAAAAAAAAGCAUCAAAAUGCAUCAUUCAAAAAUGCAUUUACCACAGACCCAGAAGGCUCUGCAUACACAUUCUUUGAAUGUCAAGCCACAUGGUUGGGUAUGGACAGGCCUGAGGCCUCUUAUUUUUUUUUUUAAUGUUCUUGGAUUUAAACUUAAACAUACUUUUAAGGUCAUUUCCCAAUUUGUGCUUAUGCUUGAUUUCUACAAAUAACUGAGACCGAAAAAGGGAAUUUUGUUACGUUGGGUUAAAGUGGCGUAUCUGCGUCUUGCACACCUGCUAUAUAUUAUCUACGUCUCGCGUGAUAUAUUAGCUACUCGCGUGAAUGUGCUUUACCAUUACCCCUUCUUGUGAAUGCGGCCAAUGAUGCUCGUUUUCCUCUAAAUAAGUUUGUAAUUUCAAGAUUUCCUGGACUUCACGUCUAAAAUUGAUUAUCAGCUAAAUGUUAUUCUUAAAGCGUGAUCAAAGCUCACUUCGGGGGAUUCGCGCGCAGCCCUCAAACGUGCGGUUACCUCCACAUAGCAAUCAGUGAAGUGCCUGACCUGAGUUGUCACUUGAGAACAUCCAGCAGCUGUAUUCACAAAUAAUGCUUCAGAAAUGCGUGCCUGUACAAGGACAUCGGCUAAGCAGGAAGACGAUGGCAAUUCAGUGUGUGUCGCCAUAUUGGACCUGCUGCUGGAGAAAACUGUGACUCAUUGCUGUGCUUCUGAUGGUGCUGGAGUGGACCCGACCAGGCCUGCCCACCCCGCUGCGGCCCAUCUGUGACCCGCGGGUCCUGGACCGCUUCAUCAAGGAGGCCCGCGACACGGAGGCCGCCACGCGGGUUUGUAGGGAAGGCUGCGGUCUUGCUGAGCCGCUGACCGUUCCCCUGACGAGCGUCGACUACAGCAUCUGGGAAAAUAAAAAUGUUCAGGAGCAGGCCAGGGAGGUGCAGGCAGGACUGUCUUUGCUGGGGCAGGCCAUCAAUGUGGUCCGAGCAUCCGUCACCAAUAGUGCGCUACACAGCCUCAUAGAGAACAGCUACAACAACAUCCGCAGCAUAGGGCAAGUGCUCAACAGCCUGAACAUACAGGAGGCCCCAUCUUCAACAGGUGGGAGUGAAGAUACGUGGCGUGUGACCACCACGUCAGAACUGUUUCACGUCCACACCAACUUCCUGCGUGGCAAAGUACGCCUCCUGCUCUCCUCCGCCCCAGCCUGCAACCAGGACUCAAGCUGAUUGGAGCUCAUUGGGGGCGAGGAAGCCGGAUGAUUGGACCUCCUGAGGGAAAGGGGGCGGGGCAUGGACCCUGAUUUAACACGGGGCCUGAACUUCAUUGAGAGGAAGUUGUGGACUGAGGGAAUGCCGGUUGAAAAAAAAACUCACGCGGACGACACAACGAAUGGAUUAAUGGCUGACUUGUCCCAGAGGACGUGUAGCAGGUCGCACUUGUAGCGCGUGACACGACGCUCGCGGGAGUUCAGACGGGCAGGCAAUGACGGAUUGGGGUGCCAGUUGAAAACACUGCAGUAGAACGGCCCCAGAACCCUGCGCUCACCCCCCCCCCCCCCUUCCGUGUGCGCCUGUGCAACUGGACCCAAACGUUUGGACCCACGGGAACUGCGACAGGACCCAGCCCUCUGCACUGCACUGCACCCUUCGCAUCGUCAGCUGACCUGUCCUUGCUGAGGAGCCCUGUAGUCUCCAGUCCGCACGGCUUACCGCACCACACAACUGAAUUAAUCGUUGCUGCGCAAUUGUUGUUCUCAUGUCAUCCAUUUGUUCUUUUCUUCAUGUUUUUUACAUCACUUUUAUAAUAUAAUUGUUGUUAUUAUGUGCUGUGUGUGUUUGUGUGUGUGUGUGUGUGUGUUUGUGUGUGUGUGUGUGUGUGUGUAUCAGUGUUGCAGUCUGAGUCUGAGUCUCCAAGUUGAAGUCUGCUUUGAGUCCCCUGUGUUCCACUCCUUCAUGAUCAAAGGACCGAAAAACUAUUUUAAGGGUCUGAACUAAACAAAAAAAAAAAUCACUCUUUGAAAUUGAGUUUAUUGGCAAGCUUACUACGCCCUGUCUGUUGAGUUAACCCCGUCCUUCUAGAAAAGCACUAGCAGAGAAAUCGCUGCUUCAUUUGACAGUCGCCCAACUUUGCAAUACAAUGGUCAAGGGUAUAUGUAUAUUCAAUAAAACGGAUAAUAAUGUGUGUUUAUUUAAAACACCUCAAAUCUGAACCAGAUCACACAGGCUUAGCGAUCUGGUUGAGAUUUCGGAAGUUUCAUAUAAAGUGGAGCCCUAGCUAACACAACAUGUUAUAAGCCUAAUAAAUCAACAACCCAUUUUUCAGUUAGAUUUUUUGUAUUGGAGUCAGUUACUGGCAGAAUUCACGGCAAAACGAGAACAAAAGUCUGAUCUGCAUUUGCGUGUCAAUGUCCUGCCAAUGUCAAUUAACCUUUGCACUGAGCGCCGAGCUAGCCACUGGCAUGAACAUUCGUCCCACAGCCAUCCCUCAGCCUCACAAUUCAAGUCUUUUUUCUUUUUUUUUGGUGGCUGUGAGUUAUGCCGGAGUACUUUGGGACCACCAAAAACCCCAUCUUGGGCUGACUGGGCGCGAGACAUGCGGUGAACGAGAUCACGCUGGCUCGUCCCACACCGCUUACUUCUCACGCGUCCAUUCAAACGGGCGACAGCGUUCCUGAGUGUCACUGCGACAGCGUGUUUUUGAAGAGCAAUUUCCCACCCCCGCUCAGUAGCCCGCGUACAUCGGAAAGGAAACCAACCUAAUGACAGCGGUGUUUUGUUAUUGUUUCUUCUAACCCUCAAUUCAGGGGCUCUGUUUUGGCUAGCUUGCAUGCCUCGAGUGAUUAAAAACAUUGAGAUUAACUGACUGGUGAAUGACGGGGAUAACAGCUUAAUGACAACAUUUGUAACUGAGGACACCUUCAACGUCAGCAGGCUAACUUGCUAGUUAUCGAUCGCUAUGUUUGUUAUAUUGUCGACAGCCGAAUAAUAUUUAGCCGGUUAACUGUUUUUCAAACAUAACUAACUAGAAAUGUUAAAAAGCAACCAUCUUACUACCUUAGUAAGCCUUUGUUUACUCAUGAAAUACCAGAGAGAAUGUUUGUCAUAACUCAAAACUGGCUAGAAAUCAUUUGAGUUGUGAAACCAAAGGCAAUAGCCGUCAAAAGAGGACAUGGUUAGUUUGCCCUAAGAGAUAAUGCAUAACUCGAGUCAACAGUCUUCCUGUCGAAGUCUGAGUCUUUGUGCUCGA